AUAAAUUGUCAAAGUUAUUGUGAACACGUUUCUCACUUAGCCAACAAUAAUUUGUUACAUAUUUGAAAGUUUUUACAAAUUAAAUACAAAAAAUGGCUGAGGCAAUGCGUCAAACUGUGGCCGGAAUGCUGAAAGGCAUCGAAAGAUACAAUCCAGAUAACCUCACAACUUUAGAAAAGUAUGUGGAAAUACAAUCCAGAGAGAAUGCGUACGAUUUGGAAGCAAAUUUAGCUGUUUUGAAGCUUUAUCAGUUUAAUCCUCAUCGAUUCAACAUGGAUAUCACAUGUCAGAUAUUGUUGAAAGCUCUAACUAAUCUUCCACAUACCGACUUUGUUCUGUGCAAAUGUUUGCUCAGUGAAAAACUUAUGUCUGAAAGUCCUAUUAAUCAAAUCAUGUAUAUGGGAGAUAUCUUGGAACGAUGUGAUUUCCAACAUUUUUGGGACAGAGUCUUGUCCAUGUCCGAACUAUGCGACAGGAUUGUAGGUUUCCAGGAUUCGAUAAGAAAGUUUGUUUGUCAUGUAGUAGGCAUUACAUUUCAAACUAUAGAAAAAGGACUGCUGGCACAAUUGCUUGGUGGUGUAGAUGAUGCCACACUUAAACACUGGGUAAAAAAAUAUGGUUGGAAGGAAGACAGCAAAUCAAUCAUCUUCAUUGCUAAUCAAGAUGAGAACAUUAAGACUAAAAAUAUUACUGAAAAGAUUGAUUUUGAAAAUGUGGCUGGUUUAAUGGCUGCUUGUCUGUAAAACAGCCGUUACAUCAUACUUUUUUAAUAAAUUAAUUUUGAUCAAUUACA